CGCUCCCUCGGGAACUGCAGGAGGGCCGAGGGGGCUCACCUGGGGGACUAGGGUCAAGUCCUCCUUCCGCUCUCCCCCCUAGCAGUUCUGUGGAGCGGAAAGGGGGUGGAUGGGCGUUAAUCAAGCUUUUUCCCUUCUUCCUUCGGGCGACCUAGCCCAGUGGGCCACCUUCCGGCCUCAGUUUCCCGUUCUGCAAAGGGCGUGGGGCAUCCCUCUGUUUUGUUGCAUUUUGAAGGAUGCCUCUUAUGUCCAACUACCCUCCUUCCCAACUUUGACAGGGCUCUCUCUGCUGGCUUCUCUCCGCUUCUCUUCCCGGUCACCUGGGUCGAUCUCCUUUCCGGUACUGAGCCUUGACUGCCUCAUCCGCUGCCUAGCUCGGGUGACGUCACCGCCCCGGUCCCCGCCGCGGCCGCCGCAUCUUCGGCGCCCGCCAGGAGCCGGACUCCCCCGAGCUCCCGGCGUUCGGCCUGGCCAUGGCUCCGGUCGCGCUGAUGCCGCGGUUGCUGCUGUUGCUGCUGCUGGCAUCGCUGCCCACUACCUCGGCGCUGCCUGCCCGCGACCCAUUCGCCCCGCAGCUCGGGGACACGCAAAACUGCCAGCUGCGGUGCCGCGACCUUGGCCCGCGGCCCUCGCAGGCAGAGCUGGAGGGCCCCUCCCAAUCUCCAUAUGACAAGGCGGUUCUGAUCAGCGCCUGCGAGCGAGGCUGCCGCCUCUUCUCCAUCUGCCGGUUUGUAGCCAGGAGCUCCAAGCCCAAUGCCACCCAGACUGAGUGUGAAGCAGCAUGCGUGGAAGCCUACGUGAAGGAGACAGAGCAGCAGGCUUGUAGCCAGGGUUGCUGGAGCCAGCCCCCUGAGCCGGAGCCAGAGCCGGAACAGAAGAGAAAGAUCCUGGAAGCUCCAAGCGGGGCCCUAUCCCUCCUAGACUUGUUUUCCACCCUCUGCAAUGACCUUGUCAACUCAGCCCAGGGCUUCGUGUCCUCCACCUGGACGUACUACUUGCAGACUGACAAUGGGAAGGUGGUGGUGUUCCAGACCCAGCCUGUGGUAGAGAGCCUUGGGUUCCAAGGGGGUCGUCUGCAGCGAGUAGAGGUGACCUGGAGGGGAUCCCACCCUGAGGCCUUGGAGGUGCAUGUAGACCCUGUAGGUCCUUUGGAUAAGGUGAGGAAGGCCAAGAUCCGAGUGAAGACCAGCAGUAAGACUAAGGUGGAGUCCGAAGAGCCACAGGACAACGACUUCCUCAGCUGCAUGUCUCGGCGCUCGGGGCUGCCUCGCUGGAUCCUGGCCUGCUGCCUCUUCCUGUCUGUGCUGGUGAUGCUUUGGCUAAGCUGCUCUACUAUGGUGACUGCACCUGGCCAGCAUCUCAAGUUCCAGCCUCUGACCCUGGAGCAGCAUAAGAGUUUCAUGAUAGAGCCGGACUGGCCUCUGUACCCUCCCCCGUCGCACGCCUGUGAGGACAGCCCACCACCUUACAAGCUGAAGCUGGACCUGACCAAGCUGUAGGCCUCAACUGCCCCAAGCAUUGCCAAGUGUGUGCAGGGGCCCCUCACCUCUCGCCCUGUACCCAGAAGUCCAAGGUCAGGGUGGGACCACUCUUGGGCUCUUCCACCCCCAAGUUCUUUUUCUCCCCCCAAUCCCACCCGUCAGCCCCCUAAGUCAUGGUAAAGUGAUCCCUCAGCUUGGGGUGGGGGGUGCUGGCAUCGGGCCUUGGUUCCUCCCCAUCCCCACUCUCCCAGGGGCGUGCGACUUUUCAUCUUCUAUGUUGUGGCUUUCUGAGUAUAUGAACUCCAGUCCUGUGUCUCUUUCCUUCUUCCUUCUUUCUCUCCUCUCUGGGAGAUGGCUGAGGCUGCAGAGGUGCUGCCUCCUACUAGGGUCUGUCCCCUUCUUUUCUUCCCUCCUUCAGAGACCCAGCUCCCAAGAGAGGGGGGUGUGGAGAGAUUUGUGCUGGGGGGAGGACCAGUGGAGCUGCAACAUGGGGUGUGGAGAAAAUAAACUAUGUAUAUAUAUAUAUAUAUAUAUAUAAAAGAG